AAAAAACAACCAUUUUUAUUUUAGUUUUCCUACCAUUUAAACUUGUACUUGUAAUUGCAGUUGUCACAAUAGUAAUUAUCUAUACAAUGAAAAUGUAGCUUGUCUCAUCACUUCCAUCCUAAGAAGCUGUAAGUUUUUAAUCUCAAGUUUUUGGGUCUCCUGGUGAAAACCCAUGUUGAACUAGACCCUUUUCUGGCCAGAAUCUCACCAGUAUUAGGCAACUGUAUCUAGAUUAAUGGUGUAGUGUGCUGAUGCCACUGCUUAACCUGUAAGAAUUGAGCAUGUCAUGGUGCGGUCUCUCAUGACCCUUGGAUCCUUCCUUGAAAAGAGUUGAUAAUAUAUCAAUCAUUGUUCUUGAUUGGAACAAAUUAUCAUCCCAGUGCCCGAAACAUUUUCCCAUUACAAAAAUCUCACCAUCCUUAGUCUUAAUAAUUGCGGGUUGACUGGAACAUUUCCACAUAAGAUCUUCAACAUUGGAACAUUGUCGGUUAUUGACAUAUCUUGGAACAACAAUCUCCAUGGUUUCUUGACUGAAUUUCCAUCCAGGGGAUCUCCAUGGGAAUCCGAAAAGAAAAGAAUGGUUAUUUAUGCCGCAUAACAUUUGUCUGAAGCUCCAUUCUUCUUAGACAAUAAUAUCCUUUCAUCUCUUCCAUGUCUUCUUCCUCUAGUUAUGACUACGAUCUCCAUGAUGAUGACGAGAUGGACUUUCUGCGUGAUCGGUACAAGGAGGACAACAUAAACUAUGAUGUGUUUUUGAGUUUCAGAGGGGAAGACACGUGUGCUUCUUUCACUUCACAUCUCUAUACGGCUCUUCACAACUUGGGAAUCUUUGUUUUCAAGGAUGAUGAGACACUUCCAAGGGGAAAUAAAAUUUCACCCUCGCUGCGGUUAGCAAUUGAAGAGUCUCGACUUUCUGUUGUUAUUUUCUCUAGAAACUAUGCAGAGUCGCGGUGGUGUUUGAAAGAGUUGGAGAAAAUAAUGGAGUGUCACAGAACAACAGGGCAAGUGGUAGUGCCAGUGUUCUAUGAUGUAGAUCCCUCUGAAGUACGUCAUCAAACAGGCCACUUUGGAAAAGCAUUUCGAAACCUUGAGAACAGACUUUUAAAAGUGGUAGAGGAAAAGGAAGAGGAAAAGCUACAACGAUGGUGGAAGACGCUUGCUGAGGCCGCUGGCAUCUCAGGGCUUUCUGUAAUAAAAACACUUCCAGCUUUCUCGUAUUUUUACUGAACAUUGUCUCUGGAAUUUUAGUUUAUGAAAUUCAUAACAUGUACAUGUAUGAAGUGGUCAAAGUGAGAUUUUGGAUAAGAUAGAUCUCCUCGUGGAGCAUUGGAGGGAGACACUUUGUGAGGCUGCUGGCAUCUUGGGGUAAUUGAGACACUUUAUGCUUUCAGAUUUUUAUUGAACAUUCUCUCUGAAAAUAACAUUUAUGAAAUUCAUGACAUGUAAGACGUAGAAAAAGGGACAUUGCUAAUAAAAUAGACAAGUUUGUGGAGCGUUGGAAGGACG